AUGCUCUACUGCACGAUGGCAAGGAUGGGGAUGCUGUAUAUCCCCAAAACCAUUCGAGUCGUUGCAAAGGAUGCAAAGAGCGGCAAGCAAAUCCAGAUAUCCUAUGUGAACAAAAAGGUCACUGGCAAUGGAUCAUUUGGUGUUGUGUAUCAAACGCGCCUUUUGGAAUCCAAUGAAGAUGCUGCCAUUAAAAAAGUGCUACAAGAUCGACGUUUCAAGAACCGUGAAUUGCAGAUUAUGCGUAUUGUGGAUCAUCCCAAUGUCUGUCGAUUGAAAUCAUACUUUUACAACCAAGUAGAAAAUAAGCAAGAUGAGGUGUACUUGAACCUCGUGAUGGAAUAUAUCCCCGACACGCUGUACCGCGCCGUACGCCAUUACGCAAAGCAAAAGCAGACGAUGCCCAUCAUGCUUGUUCGUGUCUACAUGUACCAGGUCAUUCGAUCACUUGCUUACAUCCAUUCGCUUGGCAUAUGUCAUCGAGAUAUCAAACCUCAAAAUGUGUUGCUCGAUCCGGCAACAGGGAUCUGCAAAAUGUGCGAUUUUGGCAGUGCCAAGGUGCUUGUACCAGGCGAACCAAACGUUUCAUAUAUUUGUUCACGCUACUACCGUGCUCCUGAGCUGAUCUUUGGUGCUACCAAUUACACACUCAACAUUGACAUUUGGUCUACGGGAUGUGUCAUGGCUGAAAUGUUACUGGGCCAACCCUUUUUCCCAGGCGACAGUGGUAUUGAUCAACUCGUGGAAAUCAUCAAGAUUCUUGGCACACCCACAAAGGAUGAAAUUGCUGCAAUGAAUGCAAGCUAUGUUGAACAUCGCUUCCCACAAAUCAAACCACAUCCUUUACACAAGAUUUUUGUCGGAGCUCCUGAAUCAGCCAUUGAUCUCAUGUCAAAAAUGCUGCAAUACCAUCCUCAACAUCGUAUCAGUGCCAUUGAAGCUUUAUGUCAUCCAUUCUUUGAUCCAUUGCGUGAUCCCGCAGCACAACUCCCCAAUGGCCAUGCACUACCACCCUUAUUCAACUUUUCAAAGCGGGAAUUAUCCAUUCGACCCGAUCUCAUACAUCGACUCGUGCCUCCUCAUACUGAACAAGACCUCCUGGAUCAUGGGAUUGAUGUCCAUCAUUUUGAACCUUUACCAGCUGAUCAAUUCAAGAUACCACCUUCGUUUGUCUAA